GUUGCACUGAGAAGGCAGCAAGCUCAGGAAGAGGAACUGGGAAUCAGCCGCCCGGUGCCCCUGCCCAGUGCCCCCGAAACGUUCAUUAAGAAGAACAGUGGUGGCAGCUCUUGUCUCGUGUUGGAAAGGAGCAGCCCUGUGCACUCGACGAGUACAGCCGUGACAGCAGCUAGCACAGCGUCAGAGGGACGGAUGCUCGUUCAGGACAUCCCUUCCAUCCCCAGCAGAGGGCACUUGGAGAGCACUUCAGAUUUGGUUGUGGACUCCACCUACUACAGCGGUUUUUACCAGCCGUCUCUGUAUCCUUACUAUAACAACCUGUACAACUACUCCCAGUACCAAAUGGCAGUGGCCAGUGAGCCUUCCUCAAGUGAGACGGGGGGUACGAUUGUAGGGUCGGCCAUGAAAAAGAGCCUUCGAAGCCUCCCAGCAGCAUACAUGCCAAGCCAGUCGGGAAAACAGUGGCAGGGGGGAAUUUACAGAGGUGUGAAGGGCAUGGAGAGCUGCCACGCCGUCAGCUCCCAGUACCGCAUGUACUCCUACUACCCACCCGCUUCCUACCUGGGACAGGGGGUUGGCGCUCCCACCUGCCUCCCCCAGAUCCUGACCUCUGAGGACAUCCCCUCCUACUCGGAGUCAAAUGUGAGAG